UCCCUAGCGCGUAGUUUGAAACGUACAGUUAGUAACAGUCCCGGUGUGACGAGCAUAGAGGUGAGGAAGCUGCUGUUGCCUGCGGUCCCUGUCCCGUCGGGAGGAGGAAAUAAUAAAUUGAGCCCCCAAAAUGGCUUUCAGUGUAAUUUCCCCUGAUCUUCGUGUGCUUUCUGAGGAUGAGGAGUCCCCCGUUUUUGAAUCCACGUCUCAUGAUUGUGGGACAGGGAUCCGCAAAGAUCUUCUCAGUGAUUUCUCUGUCAUCUCACCAGGAAUAGGACAACCUUCCCUGCCGUUACCUGAUGAAGUCAAUGAUAAAGUUAUGGUAUAUGUUAGGAUCAGACCUUUUGUCGAGGAUGAGCUGGAGAAAAAGGAAGACCAGGGCUGUGUUGUGGUGGAGAAUCAGGAGACUCUGAUCUUGCAAGCUCCUAAAGACUCUUUUGCUAUGAAGAACACCGAGCGUGGUCUUGGGCAAAGUAUGCACAAAUUCACAUUCUCGCAGAUUUUUGGGGAUGAGGUUGGCCAGAAGCAGUUUUUUGAUGGCACUGUGAGGCAAGUGGUUAAAGAUGCACUAAAUGGGCAAAACUGGCUUGUUUAUACAUAUGGAGUCACCAACUCAGGCAAGACGUACACAAUUCAAGGGACUAGCAAGGAUGGUGGUAUUCUUCCUCGGUCCAUUGCCCUCAUCUUCAACAGUGCUCAAGAACGUCUGUACAAAAGCUCUGACCUGAAACCUCUCUCUAAUGAAGUGAUCUGGCUGGACAGCAAGCAAGUGCGCCAGGAGGAGAUAAAGAAGAUCUCCUUGCUUACUACUAUGCGUGAGGAAGAAUUUCAGAUACUGUUGAAAAGAAGUGGUGGCAGUGACUCACAGCUUCAGGCUGGCACAAGUAUCAGCUUUGACAGUGGAAUUGGUGGACUCUCUUGUACAACUCAUACCAAUCAGACCAGCCUUCAAUUGGAAGACACCUGCUCUCGCUGGGGUGAUCAAGAUGCUGUUUCAAUUCAGGAACCUGCUGAUGUGCAGCUCUCCAUUUGGGUGUCUUACUUUGAAAUUUAUAAUGAGUUUAUAUAUGACUUACUGGAGCCCAUGCCGUCUGGCCCAAACCGCAAAAGAACCACAUUGAGAUUGUGUGAGGACAGAAAUGGAAAUCCCUUUGUGAAAGAUCUGAACUGGAUUAAUGUUCAUAGUGCUGAGGAAGCUUGGAAGGUGCUGAGAGUCGGAAGGAAAAAUCAGAGCUUUGCUAGCACCCACCUAAACCAGAAUUCCAGCCGGAGUCACAGCAUCUUCUCUGUUCGGAUCCUCCACUUGCAGGGCAAAAAUGACAUGACCCCAAAGAUUAGCGAACUGACUUUCUGUGAUUUGGCUGGAUCCGAACGAUGCAAGGACCAAAAAAGUGGUGAUCGCCUCAAAGAGGCGACCAAUAUCAAUACAUCUCUUCAUACUCUGGGCCGCUGCAUCGCUGCACUUAGACAGAACCAACAAAGCAAGCUGCGGCAGAAUAUGGUUCCAUUCAGGGACAGCAAACUAACACGUGUAUUCCAAACCUUCUUCACGGGUCGUGGAAAGUCAUGCAUGAUUGUGAAUAUAAACCAGUGUGCGUCUACAUAUGAUGAGACACUUCAUGCCAUGAAAUUCUCAGCAAUUGCUAGCCAGCUGGUUCAAGUGCAGCCAGUGAAACUAAACCUUCCAACUAUUCAGUCUCUCAUCAAGGAGAGCAGCAUAUUGGCCAAUCGUAGCUAUACUGAUGAAGAGGAUGCUGAUGAGGGCUCUGAUGAGGAAAGCGACAAUGAGGCGGAUAUCACUAUGUUUAACAGAGAGGAACUGCUGCAAGUUAUAGAGAAUUUGAAACAACUUGUGGUUAAGGAACGUCAGGAAAAACUGACAAUGGAGAUGACAAUCCGUAAAGAUGUAUGCAAUGAGAUGAUGGAGAUGAUGCAACAACAGAAGAUUCAAUCCAGUGAGAUGAUGGAGGAUGAGCGAGACCUGCUGGAAGAGAUGCAUGAGAGUAGACUAGAAAACCUGAAAGAAUCUCUUACAAAUUAUUACAAACGUGAGGUGGAGGAAAGGGAUGAACGGAUUGAAGAACUGGAAGCUGCUCUAGAGGAGGCCAAAAAUAUAACUUUUAAUUCGUUGGACACCAGUAAAUGCACACAGGACAGUGCUCCUCUUCGCAGAUCCAAGCGGUUAGCCACAACUGAUGUGUCUGAUUUGAAUAGACUCAAACAAGAAAUUGUAGAUCUGAAAGCUGAGCUGCGUUCAAAGAAUGAAGAAAUAGAAAGUCUGAAGCAAAUACAAGAGCCACCUGCAUCUGCCAAAACUUGCACAGCGGAUGUAGAUAGGAAGAUUCAAGAGGGACAAAAGUAUUUUCUGGGCUCUCGUCACACGUGCACAGAUUAUCGGCACACAAGAGCUCUUUGGAACAUCAGAUUGUUACGCACAGCAAUUCAGAAGUUCGGUGACUCUCUGCACCAGGUAGAUAGAUUAUGCUGCCAUACAACUGGAGCUGAGAAACUGAAACAAACAUUGUCUACCUGUGAUGACAUCCUGACUAAACAGGAAAAGACUUUGUCAGAGCUGCAAAACAAUAUGGUCCUGGUUAAGAUGGACUUGAGGAAGAAAGCGGUUUGUAUCGCUGAGCAAUAUCAUACUGUGAGAAGACUACAAGGAGUACCUACUGGCCUCAAACACGUGUACAAUAAUGAGAAUAUACAGCCAAACCAAACCUCUGAGAAGAGGCCUUUUCUUCGCAACCUCCUGUCCAGAACCCCUGGGACAAAAGCACUAAUGGAGAACAGCCCGUACAGCCGUGUUCUGCGGGCACGCCGAUCCCCUGUACUAAAGACAAUUGCGUUUGGUACCAAAUAUUGAUUUUUGGCUGCUUUGGAAUGCUUGGACUCUUAAGAGCAGUGUUCUGCUAUCCGAUAGCAGUAGCUGUACAGUUCUUAUGUCUUCAUCCUCAACUCAAAAAACUGGUGUGAGAAUGCAUGCUAUUAUUUUUUUUAAACCUACAGUCAAUACAAAAUUGUGUGGUUGAUGCCAUUUUUUUACUUGUGGAAAGGGACUUUGUCUAUAAUUUUUGUUUUUAUUACAAGUUAAAAUGGUUCCUCUAUUCUUUCAUAUGUGCAAUAUUUAUCAUGUAUGGUUUCAGCUGCUGCAAAUAAAUCACUUUGUACAGUGCAA